AUGUGUGUCACGAAUAGUACGGCUGGUAUCGCCACAACAUCAAUAACGACCGUUACUCUCGGUCCAUCUUCCUCUCCACAGGAUUCCUCAAGAAAAAAUCGCAACAGAGCUACUACCAAUGCUAGCGAUGAUAUUGACCUUGAGACAAGUGUCCCUUCCGAUCCAAUUAUCACUCCCAUGUUAACAACCUCCACGCGGACACGGGCCGGAUCCAUCAAAUCCCUCACAUCCAAGCCAGCUGCGCUUCCGAUAACACUAUCUUGGUCUUCUCGGCAUGUAUACGAAGAAGAGAUUGAGCAGCUACGAGAGGAGAAUUCGUCUCAGAGAAAUCAGAUCAGGUACAUGGACGGGCAGAUGGACGAGCAGACGGAGUCCGCGUGCAGAGGAUCCCCGCCACCACCCUCUUACCGCUCACGUAUGAGCCUGAGUGAGAUUUCGGAUCCUUUUGAUUCUUCCCCGUCACCGCCGCCACUGCCCCCGUUGCCUUCACCGAUGAUGUAG